UAUUCUCAACUUAGCUCUAAAUAAUAUUUUCCAUGUUCUAUUUAUAACUGCAUAUCUCAGCACCAUCCCAUCACACAAGAAGCUCUCACUCACUCUUUCUCUCUCUUGCUCUCUGUCACACGCGCGCGCGCACACACACAUCAGUGCUUUGUUCGUGUGUAAAGGUUUGUGUUGGCAAGAUGGCUUCACCAUUGAUUAUGGAAAACGGGAACAUCAAGGGGUUGAGCAAGGAGACGAAACAUGGCCGAACAGCACACAACAUGUCAUCAUCGUCACUGCGAAAGAAGUCGGACCUUACCCUUGUUUCCAAAGUGCCCUUUGCAUGUCUUAGAAAGUUGCUUGCUAAUCUUCAGGAGGUUCUUCUGGGGACUAAGCUUUCCGUUCUCUUUCCGGCCAUUCCAUUGGCCGUUAUCGCCACCUACUGCGGCUUUGGAACAUCAUGGGUAUUCGCAUUGAGCUUACUUGGACUCACUCCACUUGCAGAACGUAUGACCUUCCUGACAGAACAAAUUGCCUACUACACGGGUCCCACAGUGGGAGGGCUUCUAAAUGCAACAUUUGGAAACACCACAGAGCUGCUAAUAGCAAUACUUGCUCUCAUCAAGCAAAAAGUAGACGUUGUGAAGUACUCCCUCUUAGGUUCCAUACUCUCAAACCUUCUCUUGGUUCUGGGUACCUCUCUAUUCUGUGGUGGCAUUGUCAACCUGUCAAAGGAACAAAAAUUUGAGAGAAAACAAUCCGAUGUGAAUUCUCUCCUGUUGUUGAUGGCAUUGUUGUGCCAAUCACUACCUUUGAUGUUUCAAUAUGUUGGGAAAUCAUCAAUUGCAACUGAUGAAGCAACUCUCCUGUUUUCGAGAGUGACUAGCAUUGUAAUGCUCAUCGCUUACUUGGCUUACCUUGUCUUCCAAUUGUGGACCCACCGCCAAUUGUUUGAUGCUCCAGAGGAAGACGAUGUCAACAAUGAUGAGGUUUCGGAAGAAGCACCAGUAAUUGGAUUUUGGAGUGGAUUUGUUUGGCUUGCUUUGAUGACGGCCCUCACAGCUCUAUUGUCCGAGUACGUUGUAAACACUAUCGAGGUUGUAUCGGAAUCUUGGGGCAUCCCCGUCGGCUUUAUCAGCAUAAUCAUGCUACCAAUUGCUGGAAAUGCAACUGAACAUGCUGGUGCAAUCGUCUUUGCUUUUAAGAACAAGUUGGAUAUAUCAUUGGGUGUUUCUCUAGGUUCUGCAACUCAAAUUGCUAUGUUCGUGGUUCCAUUAACUGUGAUUGUUGCUUGGAUAAUCGGCAUCAAAAUGGACCUUAACUUCAAUCUCCUGGAGACUUGUUCUCUCGCCAUGUCAAUAUUAAUCACAGCCUUCACUUUACAGGAUGGAACUUCUCACUACCUGAAAGGAAUGGUACUUAUGCUGUGCUACAUUAUUAUCUCGGCGUGCUUUUUCGUUUUCAGAGCACAAACUACUGACCAAGUGGUCAACUUGGGAAUCAAUUCAUCAACUGAAGGAAUGUUAAGAAUAUAACAGGUUUUGGCCAUUGAGGGGGGGGGGGGGGGGGGG